AUGUCGCCAUCUUCACGAGUUCACAUAUCUGUUGUGGGUACAGGUAGUCCUGGAACACCCAAAAGCGUCCUAAUAUGUACUGAUUCUACGCGAUACCUUAUUAAUUGUGGCGAAGGUACUCAACGAAUUUUAACGGAGCACAAGUCAAAAGCUUCAAAAAUUCAGCAUGUAUUUUUCACUCGAAUGUCUUGGAGACAUUUGUCAGGCCUUCUUGGCAUAGCCCUAACAGUCAGAACCGCUGGUGUGAAGAGGAUGUUUGUGCACGGCCCUCCAAGCGUGGUCGAGCUUAUGAAAUUGACGAGGCACUUUGCAGAUGCUAAUACAACUGAAGUUGUUAACAUGUUACCCCUGAUUUUAGUGCAAAGUGACAUCCUCCAGAAGCCAUUCUUGGAUUCCGACUUCAAAAUAACUGCUUUUGAAUUGGACACCAAAGAUACCUCGUUGGAACCACGUGCAAAGCGAGUCCACCUUGACGAUACAUCCCAAAGCCAGCCCAUUUAUGCCUACCUAUUUCAGGGCCUACGAUUGAGAAACAAGCUGGAUCCUGCCAAAUGCGUCGCCUGUGGCAUUCCAGCCUCCGUCCUGCAUUCUCCCAAGAUACGACAACUCGUUGAUGGCCAGCCUCUUGUUUUGGAUGAUGGUAAAACCAACAGCCAUUUGGAAUGUCACAACCUCAAAACCAACUCCACACCACCGGGUACUGGGUUAACCCCUGUGAUUUGCACUGUAGUGCUCGAGUGCCCCCACGAGUCGUACAUCCCGACGCUUCAGCAGGCCGACCAACUCUUCGCCGCCAUCCGCUCUCCGCGCGAAGGCGACCCCGAGGAGCCCGGAGGCCUUGUUCCAGGAGUCACCCUCGCCGUCCACUUCGUCCCUCCGGGGCUUUUCGAGUCCUCCGCCUACCAGACUUUCGUUGCUCGCCUGGAUCAGUGUGGACAGAGGGCAGAGGAGGGGGAGGCGGAGGAAGCAGGCGGUGCCCAGUCGUGCGGUGUCCACCACCUCGUUGUCGACGGCAGCGACGCGCGUCCCGUCUGUCCGCCGGUCACCGGCAUCUACGGCCAGUCGGUUGUCCUCAACACGCACUUCGACCCAGCCGUCUACCCCCAACUCGUGGAUCUCUGCUCGGUCGAGGCCAAACCUGAUCUCUCCGCGGUCGAGGCCUUCUCCCGUGUGGUCUACGCCCAGCCGAUGCUUCGCUACUUCCUUCGACCUCACAGCGGAUUCUCCACCGAGCACUGUGUGGCGCUGGAUGCGCAGGACUUGAUUCAACAGGCGUUCGACCCGCUCUACGUCUCCCAGGCGGAAGCAGACACGGCGUUCGCGGAGAUGCGUCGGGAAAUCGACGUGGCGAUCGACAAGCGGACCAGGGGUGAUGUAAAAUCGCGUUUGGACGACUUGGAUUGGCCCGAAUUCACCUUCUUGGGAACCGCCUCCUCUUCACCCAGCAAAUAUCGCAACAUCAGCGCGAUUCUUGUGCGUCUGAGUCCCAACGACUGCAUCCUCCUCGACUGCGCCGAAGGCACCCUCAACCAGUUGUACGCGCUUCACGGCGCCGCAGAAACGCAUCGUCUGUUGCGUGGACUGCGACUUGUGCUCAUCACCCACAUGCACGCCGACCACCACGGUGGUGUCAUAACGAUAGCACGGAAGGUGUACGACCUCACGCACAACACCGCAGGCCUGCCAGUGCUGGCACCGCCGCCGUUCUGGAAGUGGGUGAACAGCUACACGACGUUCUUUGGCGGCGAGAACCGCGUGCGCCUCUUCCCCAUCACUCGCGUCUACGAGGCUCCAGAUCUGGCCUCGACUGCGGCCGAUGGAACCGACGCCUGCGACCCCAUCUGGCGGCUGCGCGACACAAGCGAGGAUCUUGUGUUCGAUUGGACCAAAAUCCUGUCCGAUUUGCACCUAAAGGUGGAACCUGUUCGAGUGCCGCACACCGGAACUUCCUGGGCGUAUGUACUCUCGCGGGUGGUGGACGGCGGUGGUGAGGCGGCGGCGGCGGCGGUGGAGGGACCAACCUGGAAGGUCGUCUACUCCGGCGACACCCCGCCGUGUUCGCAGUUGGCUGAAGCCGGUCGUGACUGCGACCUCCUCAUCCACGAGGCCACCAUGGCCGACGGCUACGAGGAGCAGGCGGUUGCUGCCCGACACAGCACAACCAGCGAGGCCAUCGGCAUUGGUCGGAUGAUGCGCGCGAAAUUCAUCCUCCUCACUCACUUCAGUCAGCGCUUCUCUCGUUUGCCCAGCUUCGACACAUUCCAAGAGGACAUUGCUCCUGCCUUCGACUUUAUGCGCGUGAAGUUCCGCGACCUCUGGAAGCUGCCCUACUUCCUGCCCUACUACAAGUACGCGUUCGCGCGUCACUGGGAGCUUCAGCAGACCCGCGCCGACGCCAACCACCUGCGGAAGGUGCGCGCCGAAGAGGCCCUCGAACUGACGCGGUCGGCUGUCAUGGAAGCCGUCGACGGACCGGCUUCCAGGAAGUCAUCUGCUUAA